AGAGAGGCGUUAUGCGAUUGCUCUACGCUACAGAAACGGGUACUGCUGCUGAGUUGUCACAGUUGGUUGCCGAACACUUUGCAAAAUAUAUAUCCCACCUGAAAGUACUAGAACUUUGUGACUAUGAUCAGACCCAACUUCCACUGGAAGACAUCGUUCUAUUCAUUAUUUCUACUACAGGAGAUGGAGAAGUGUAUUCAGAUAUGAGAAAUUUUUGGAGAUUCCUAUUGCUUAAAAACUUACCUGCCCAUUCACUUUCUCAAGUCCAAUAUGCAGUUUUUGGUUUGGGUGAUUCUUCCUAUUUAAGAUUCAACGCUGCUGCAAGAAAAUUGGACAAAAGACUUCAACACUUGGGAGCAAGACCUUUGUUGCCUAUCAAGUUGGGAGAUGAACAAGAACGAAAUGGUUUGGAAGGAGCUUUACAGGAUUGGCUCGUUCAGUUGACAGACAAAUUGCAACUCGAAGAGGUUCGCAUGAAUCCUUCAACGGAUGGUGUUUUUUACUAUUAUAGGGUUAAAGAAUCUUUACAGUCUGUUAAAAGCACAUCGAUAGAUAAAUGGAAUGCAGGUGAAUGUUGUUCUAGUCAACAGUUCUUUUGGGAGGCAAAGGUUAUAUCCAAUCAGUUGUUAGUUGAAGAGGAUUGCGAACAUGAAGUUCGUCAAAUAUCCUUGAAUAUAGAAAACUCAUCCAUCACUUAUAAACCUGGAGAUGUGGUUUAUAUUUAUCCCAAGAAUUCUGUAGCAGAAGUAGGAAAACUGAUCAAAAUGAUGGGAUACAAUCCUAAACAAGUACUCGAGGUUGAAAGACUAAAUGAUAUUGCGCCGGUAUUGAAUUUGAGUUGUCCUUGUACUUUGGAGUCAUUGGUUGCCUCCCAGUUUGAUUUAUAUGCCUUGCCUAGAAGAACUUUUUUUAGAAAACUUGCCAAGUUCGCAAAAGAUUCGGAAGAACGGGAUAGGUUGCUAUAUUUCUCUACUAGUGAAGGUGCAGAUGAUUUUCGUCAUUGUCGUCCUUGUAUCGAAGACUUGAUCCAGUUUUUGCCUCCUUUAAGACCUCGUCCCUUUUCCAUUGCAUCAUCUCCCACUUAUCAUUCUGGUACACUUCAAGUUUGUGUAUCCAUUGUAAAGUAUCAAGAUUGUUUUGGUUUUUGGCGUCAAGGAGUAUGUAGUUCAUUCUUAAAGAGAAGCAAAUGUGGUGACGUGAUUCCUGUGUUUGUAAAGAGAGGCAGUUUAAAGUUCCCACAAGUGACUGAUAAGAAACCUUGUAUUAUGAUUGGACCUGGUACUGGUGUUGCACCUUUUCGUUCCUAUUUAUGGGAGUGUUUUGCUCAUCAUCGAUAUAUUGUAACCCAAGAUUCUUGUCGAAUUCUAUUCUUUGGUUUUGCACACUGCAUUUUCUAGAGAUGGCGCCAAGAAAGUAUACGUUCAACAU